CGUUCAUUAUUAGUUAUUACACGCGCAACAAGAACGGCUAUGUGUAAUAUUGUUAAGUAAAAAAAAAAAAAAAAAAAUAGUAACAAUAAUAACAAUAAUAAUGCUUUAAUAAUAAAAAUAAUAAAUCAUGUACAAAACGAAAUGUCUGAUAACGUCCUUUUAGUUUAAGUGUUGAAAUUCGAUCCGUCGGUAAUCUGUAAUAUUAUAAUAUAUUUUUGCUUUUUUCUCCCGUUUUUUUGAUUUACAAAUGACACAGCAUGUACUGCCAGCCAAACUGCAACAACUCUACGUCCAAAUUGAAAGAUGGAGUUACCAUGAGAGAAAAGAAGAGUGGUGCUUUAAGCAAAGUUCAAAAAAUUAAAAAACGCCUGAGCCAUAGUUUUGGCCGACUUUCUAUUUCUAAAGAAGAUCCUGAUCGUAAUAGAACAUCUCGGGAUGCACUCCCGAGUAAAUUGCAAUUCAAUGGCUAUUCUGAGGAGUACCUAGAUCGAAUUGAACCAAACGGAAACAUACCUUGUGCCAAUGAUGAACACUUGUCCAGAUACGACUGGAGUUCUGGUCUUGGUGAUCAAGAACGAGUUAAACGGCAGUUAUCUGUGUCGUCUGAUUCAAAGCUGUUGGACGAAGCUAUAUGCGAGGAGACACGUGUCAUACUAAGACCUAAGAAACCUCCUAGGCCUAAAUCUGAAGUGUUCCUAAACCAACCCAACCACAGACGAACCAAACGGUAUUCGGCAUUUGGGGGAGAUUCUCCAUUUGGAAAAUCAGAGGCGUACAUAAAAUUAGACCCGCUUGGUGAAGGUUCCUAUGCUACCGUGUUUAAGGGGUACAGUAAUUUGACCAAUCAAGUCGUUGCGUUAAAAGAGAUAAGACUACAAGAAGAGGAAGGUGCACCUUUCACGGCGAUCCGUGAAGCUUCGUUGUUGAAAGAACUGAAGCACAACAACGUGGUCACUUUACAUGACAUUGUGCAUACACGCGAAACACUUACAUUCGUUUUUGAAUACGUACAUACCGAUUUAUCACAAUACAUGGAAAGACAUUCAGGAGGUCUUGACUAUUCAAAUGUACGACUAUUCAUGUUUCAAUUGUUCAGAGGCUUAGCAUAUAUACAUCAACGUCGUGUGCUCCACAGAGAUGUCAAGCCUCAGAAUUUGCUCAUCAGCGAGAUAGGAGAACUUAAAUUAGCUGAUUUUGGAUUGGCUCGUGCUAAGUCAGUGCCAAGUCAUACAUACUCGCAUGAAGUAGUGACAUUGUGGUAUAGACCACCUGAUGUCUUGCUUGGGUCUACUGACUAUUCAACGUCCUUAGAUAUGUGGGGUGUUGGAUGCAUAUUCAUUGAGAUGAUUACUGGUGUGCCCACAUUCCCUGGAGUACGAGAUACAUAUGAUCAAUUGGAUAAAAUAUUUAAAAUUUUGGGUACGCCCACAGAAGAACAUUGGGAAGGUUGCACACAUCUAAAAGGUUACAAAGAAGGAAGAGGAAAAAUAUUUAUGUAUCCACAUCAAAAGCUAGGUCAUGUGUUCCCUAGGUUGUAUGACAUUGCCGAAGGCGAGAACUUGGCUACGUCAUUACUUCAACUUAAUCCAGAUUUGCGUAUCAAUGCUCCAUCUGGUCUUAGGCAUAAAUAUUUUCAAUCACUUCCCAAAGCCAUAUAUGAUCUUCCAGAUGAGGUGUCUAUUUUCAGUGUAAAGGGCGUUCAUCUGAGUCAUGAAUCAAGAACUACGUUCAAGUGUUAAAUGUUUUUUUUUAGUAAUUAUGAAGUUAUUACUAAUUAUUAGCUCAAUAAAAUUAAAAUAAUAAUAUUAUAUAUAAGUAUAGUUGUUUACCAGAAACAUUGAGUUGUGCGGCCCAAUCGGGGCUCUACGCGUCUCGGCUGUUGAGCCAUUUUGCUGUGAUGAUGAUUAUUUUAUAUUUCCUAUAUUCAUACUUAUAAAUGUUAGUAUAUCAGUGUUGUAAAGGGCUUCUAGAAUGAAAAUAUUUAAAUAUUAAAAAAAAAAAAAACUAAAAAAAAUACAUUUGGUUAUAAUAUUACAAUAAAUUAUAAACUUAUUAAAAAUAUGAAGAAAAAAAAACAGAACAAAGAUAAAAUAAUAUAAUAUAAGAUAUAUAUUUUUAGGGUGGUAAUAAUUCUUCUGUUUUUUGCAGUUUUCACUACUAAAAUAUUAGUAUUUAAGGCAAAUGAAAUUGCUCAACAAAGUGGGGGUCAACUGUAUAACAAUCUAGUUACAUAUAUUAUGUAUACUUAUACAUACAUAUAUUUGUAUCUGUAAUAUUAAAUAUUAAAUUUAAACUGAACAAAAUAACUUAAAUACUCUCCCCACAUUCGCUUUGCCGUCCCUUGAACGUCCAGUAAAUAUGAUAUUAUUGUGUUUGAAAAACAUUCCUAAAGUUGCGCCAAUCACAAAAUUUUCCUCUACGAUUAUAUUUGUUUUUGAAUAGUUUAUUUUAAAUUUGUCGCUUGCCGUCCAAUGGGUCCGUCAAAGCAAAAUAUUCCUCUGAACACACUUUAUUUAGCCGAUAACUUAAACAAAAUUUCCAAGAUGACUGAUCAUUGACAUCAGAUUUUAUGUUAUUGUUAAACUAUUUAAUAAUAGGUACCGAUCCGUGUACGUUCAUUUAUAUUAAUGGUUGUGUUUUUAAGCACAUUGUAUUAACUUUAUGCAUUUUACAUAUAUAUAUAUAUAUAUACAUAUAUAUCUACUUACG